AUGAUCAAGCCAAAUGAUAUCAGCCUCAAGGAUCUAGAACCUAGGAGAUCUGACUUGAGUCGAUUAGUUGAUUCGCAUAAGAAACAGAAUUAUCAAUUUAUAAGUGGCGGUAACGGUUCUGCUAAUGACAACAGUAAAUCAAUGUUCAAUGCUUCCAGGAAUUCUGUAAUGGGCUAAUCUCCAAGUGGAUAGGAUAAGCGACUUUCUGGAAUUAGACAUCACACAAUUGAGGAUAUGCAUUUCAGUGCAAAUGAGAUAAAUUUUAUGUCUGUUCUAAGGAACAAUAAAGAUCCUAAACUUAAUGGGGGCUUCUAAAGUGAAAACAGUCUUGAGAAAGAUGCUUAAGGAAAUAAAUUCAAGAAAGGGCCUCCAUCAUUUUAUGAAAAUGAUGUGCAGAAAUUCAAAGAUAAAUUCUAAGAAAGCAUUAAAAGAAGGCUGUAACUUAAAAAGAGUUUGGGAAUCAACCAAAUGCUAGCUGAAGGUAAUUAAGGAACUAUUAUCUUAUAAAAAGGUAUUAGCCACCAAGUUAGUUAGAAGAGUAACAGACUGAGUUAGAGUGUUGUGGGUGGAAUCUUAAAAAGGGUACCAAGCAGGUAGAGCAAUACUAACUUCUGUAAUGUUGAUUUUGAUUACUAUGGCGAUACCAAGGAGAUUGCCCAUUUACUGAAGAAUAGGCAAUCUGGCUCUCCUAACUUAUGUCAAGUAUAAUUUGAGACCAACCUGAGAGCAAGCUAGCCACUUACUAAUAUCAAGCAUCUCAAGCCUUGGAAAUAUCUGCCCACUUCUAAAGUAGAAAAAUAGGACACAAUUGCUGUUAAAAAUUUUUCUACAAUUUACAGAAAUAACAGUAAUUCUGUUCAAGAUCAGGAUGAAAAAACUAGCAAUAAUUCUAAAAGCAAAAACAGCAUUGAUAAAUCUCUGAAAAAUGAUCUCAGCUAGUAUUAAUCAUCAUCUAAUGUUACAAAGUCCGGGGUAUCCAAAGAUAUCAGCAAGAUAUACAAAGAUAAAUUCAAAGAGAAGAAUGCAAACAAACUCAGACAUAUAUUCCAUGACAAGAACAUUGGAUUGGAUGAGAAAUUCUGGGAAUGCAAUCUCAGAGACUAUUAAUAAUAUACUGCUGACAAUAGGAGAUACUCUUAAAAUUGA